CGUUGCUGCCAUGUCAGCUCAUAACAAAAAGAGUUAAAAAUAAAUAAAUAAAUAAGAGGGAAAGAAAGAGAAAGAAAAGGAGAACAGCUGCAUUUGCGCUUUUCUUUGUUUUUUGGUAUCUGGUUUAGUUGGUUUUUUGUUUAUCGGCAAUGGAAUUUUUGCAGGGCUCCGGGAUCCGCGUUUCUCGAUCACAGCGUUUUAUCUAACUCUUCUUCUACUCUCUUCGCGCCUAAUAAUCAACCAUUUUUCUCUUCCUGUGCUCAUAAUAAUCUCGUUAUUGAUAUGUUCCGCAGUUUCUUCUAUUUCUCUUGAAGAUCUCAGUAAUUUGGCCUGGAUUUUUGCUCAAUUUUUUAGCGGAUGGACGAUUGAAAGGUAGUAGUCAAAUUCAUAGAGGAGAGGGGUGUAAAAGGAUUUUCUGUUUCUGAGAACAAUGUCCGCAAAGACUGAACAUCACACGGUGCCACUUUCGGUUCUGCUGAAGCGUGAAUUGGCAAACGAGAAGAUUGAGAAUCCGGAAAUUAUAUACGGUCUGGCGAAUCAGAGCAAGAAAGGGGAGGAUUUCACUUUGCUUAAAACCGAAUGUCAAAGGAUGGUCGGAGAUGGCGUUUCUACUUUUUCCGUUUUUGGGCUGUUUGAUGGACAUAAUGGGUCAGCUGCUGCAAUUUACUCAAAGGAGAAUCUCCUGAAUAAUGUUUUAAGUGCUCUCCCAUCUGAUCUUAAUAGAGAUGAAUGGCUAUUAGCACUUCCAAGAGCUUUGGUUGCUGCUUUUGUCAAGACAGACAUAGAAUUUCAAGAGAAAGCACAAACGUCAGGAACAACUGUCACCUUUGUCAUUAUUGAAGGAUGGAUCAUAACUGUUGCAUCUGUUGGUGAUUCCCGUGGUAUGCUUGAAUCAACUGAAGGCGAAUUUCUUUACUUGUCUGCAGAUCAUAGGCUUGAAUGCAAUGAAGAGGAGAGGAUACGUAUCACUGAAAGUGGGGGUGAGGUGGGUCGUCUUAAUACUGGUGGUGGUGCAGAGAUUGGUCCUCUCAGGUGUUGGCCAGGUGGCCUGUGUCUUUCACGAUCAAUUGGAGAUAUGGAUGUUGGCCCGUUCAUAGUGCCUGUUCCUCAUGUAAAGCAAGUGAAGUUGUCUUCUAGUGGUGGUAGGGUUAUCAUCUCUAGCGAUGGUGUGUGGGAUGCUUUAAGUGCCGAAGUUGCUUACGAUUGUUGCCGUGGGAUGCCACCAGAUGCUGCAGCUGAACAAAUUGUUAAGGAAGCUGUCCAGGCAAAGGGACUUCGAGAUGAUACAACGUGCAUUGUUAUUGAUAUGUUACCCGUGGAAAAGCCACCUGCUCCUUUGCCUCCACCAAAGAGGCAGGGCAGAGGAGUGUUUAAGUCCAUGUUUCGCAAGAAGUCCGCAGAAUCAUCUUCUAAUAUUGAUAAAGAUUAUUUAGAGCCAGAUGUGGUGGAGGAACUAUUUGAGGAGGGAUCUGCGCUGCUUUCAGAAAGGUUAGACUCAAAAUAUCCACUCUGUAACAUGUUUAAGUUGUUUAUCUGUGCUAUUUGUCAAGUAGAAUUGAAACCAGGAGAGGGUAUUUCUAUACAUGCUAGCUCAUCAAAUUUAGGAAAGUUGCGUCCAUGGGAUGGCCCCUUCCUUUGCCCAAGUUGCCAUGAGAAGAAAGAGGCCAUGGAAGGGAAAAGACGGUCUGGAGAUACAGUAGUGGAAGUGACUAGGCAGCCCUCAGCCGUUUUUGCAUUUUGAGAGCACUAACAAUCAUUUUGUAGUUGAUUGUGGGAAGCUGGAUGUUUCUCACUAUAUAAAUUCCUUUCAAUUCGUCAUGGGAGAUUUUCAGCAUUAAAAUUCUUUUUUGUCGUUCCACUUUGGACUCGAUGAGGAUCUCCAUUUCUUCUUUCUAUAUUCCAAGUCAGAAGAUCCUGUUGGAGCUGCUUGCUUUUUGAGAUAUCUGUUUUGACUUCAGAGUGAUGUAAACAGUGCCUGGUUGCCUGAAAAGAAGGGGUUGUGGAAAGGUUGGAUAAACUUGGUUGUGCAUAAAUGAUGUGACAGACGUUAUCAUUUUUUCUAUCUGGAUCCAUACAAUUCCACUUUAUAGAGCUAACAUCGAAUGAAAGCACUCUUCCCUGUAAUAUUAUACAUAGGAGGUUCCAUGAAACAUUAUUCACGUUCAUUUCAAACUAGGAAUACUGUGGUCGGCUUUCCCAAAGAAUACGUUUAUGUAGCAUAGUAUUUGAUCCUUCCUUGACAAGUCCGAAGGAAAACCAUCGAAGUAGGCAAUCAAUUUUUUCAUCUCCUAGAUAGCCUGUAACCAACUUUUUAAUUUUUUUUUUUUUUUUUUUGUUGGUGUUAUGAUGAUGUACUAAUCAGUUCUUUGAUUGGAUGUCUGCCCAGUUCUUGUUGUAACUUGUAAGUAUGUUUUUGGAUCUGCAUAAUAUUUUGCUAUUGUUGUUUU